GUUUUUUUUUAUUUAAUUCUAAGUUUUUUUUUAUAAUUGCAUUAUCACUCGAGUAUCUUUUAGCAAAUAAAACGCCAUCAAACAACAGUUCCAUUAUUUCUUCUUCUUCUUCUUCUGUAGCACUACAACCUCGAGAGGUCCCGGCCUGCCAUUUGUGGUUUUCUGUGACUUAAUUUUACCCGUAGAAAAGUAGUCAGCCUUUCGUACGGGGAGACGGUCUGGAUGGGAUUUGAACCCCACCCAUGCCGUGUGAAGACCGGCGCCGCUGUCGCCUCGGCCACCGGACCGCCUCAACCGGCCACCGGACCGCCGUUCCAUUAUUUACGGCCCUAAAAAUAGACUGGAGCCGAAUCACGCAGCAAGCGAUUGAGCGCAUGCGUGAGCGAGAAAGUUUAAGCUGCGUGUAGGAAACGAGACGUGAUGAUAGCUUUACUUGACAGUCGGCAUCUUGAUUUGCAACCAGUGAGGUGUGUCUUCUUGGUCGAUCGUGCAGUGUUUCAGUGUCUGGUCCAGCAGCAAGAUUCGGAGUGCGGCGUGUUGAAGUUGGUUAAGUGUAUGCCGGGUGUGAAAAUUAAGUGAUGACUCAGUGCAUGUGCAACAUAGAGCAGCGCGGGCGAACACGGUUCUGUGGCAUUAAAAUCAGUGAGAGCAUUUCGCCAAGAGCCUAGUGUGGCAGACAAGCGCUCUACUACUAAAAAAAUAUUAUACCAGUGAUAUUCUUUCAUGUGCCAUAUUUUGGCGCUACUUACAAGUUAGCGAACAUAAGUGUGCUUUUGGUAUUUGGUGUGAUUCAGUUCGAGUUCCCUAUAAAACAGUGUUCGUUUGUGUUUCUGUUGGUGGUGUAAAGCCAGUGCUUUUGUGUGCAAAUCGAGUGACAUAAGAGUUGCUUAAAAUGUGUGCGAUUAAGUAGAUAAAUUAUUUGUAUUGCUUUUGGCAUGAACUAUACGACGCUUAUUUAGAGCUGUCUCGUGGUAAUCACAUCAUAAGAAGCAAAGCAGUGCGUUCGCCCCUUGUGAACAAAGUAAUGCUGGAAUGUGUGGUGUUUUGGUGAUGAAAUGUGAUUUGUGAACUUAUACGGCAACAUCAAAUAGAUAACCGUGUGCCGGGACAGCUGAAAAUCGAAUUGACCGCUUUAUUAUUUAUUCGUUAUCAUGGAUCGGACAUACACAUAUGUACUCAGCAGCUCUAUUAUAAUAAUUCAAUUACAAUUCUUCUUCUUCUUCUUCUUCGGUGGCACUACAACCUCGUGAGGUCUUGACCUGCCAUUUCUGGCUUUCUGUGACUUGAUUUUACCCGUAGCAAAGUAGUCAGCCCUGCGUACGGGGAGGCUGUCUUUGAUGGGAUUCGAACCCCGGUCCUGCCGUGUGAAGACCGGCGCCGCUGUCGCCUCGGUCAAUUCCAAAAUUACAAUUGAUCGGUACUAUAUUCUUCUUCUUUUUGGCACUACAAUCACGAGAGGUCUCGGGCUGUCAUUACUGGCUUCCUUGACUUAGUUUGCACCUACAACUGGAUUAUUAAUCCUGCAUUCGGAGGACGGGUCUCCUGCGGGUAAUCCUGCGGCCGACGCGGUUAGCACCAGGUAUACCCGUUGGUCGCAAAAUUGAUCCAUAGCCUUUUAAUAAUUCGAUAAAUAAUUUACCGAGAGCGAGAGAGACAGAAAGAGAGAGAGAGAGAGAGAAAGAGAGAGAGAGAGAGAAAGAGAGAGCGAGAAGUAUCUGAUCGCUGUUUAGUGCUGCAUUAGUACACGUCAAGUAUACAAUUUUAUCUGGAUAAUAAAAACCUUUACUUCCAACACGCAAAUACCAUCAUGGAUCCUGAGGAAGUUACCAUCACCGAAAAUAAUCUAGACAAUCGUCCGGUUGUUGAAGUGUUUGGACGGCAAAUAGAUCUUAGUUCCAUAUUAUCCAAGCUAGAGACUGUGCUUUCGAAAAACCCCCAAAUUGAGGAGGUUCGUUUCAUUGCCGGUACAAUCUUCAAGAUUGAUGCAAACCUUGAACAGGAAGUAUGGCGUGGUCGAAAUGUCGUGGUUCACGCAAAGGAGGUUAUUGUUUGCCAACCGGUUCACUGGAACGUAUCGGGAAAGGAUCGUCUCCAUACAUACGAGCAAACUGCUGGCACUGCAACAGACGGCAACGGGUUGAAUGGUAAGGAUGGAUAUGCUGGAGAAAGUGGUGGCAAUGUUUUGAUAACUGCUCGCAAAAUUAAAUGUUCAGAUAAUUUGACAAUUACUUCCAAUGGCGGAAAUGGUAGCAAUGGUCAAGAUGGCGGCAAUGGAGUAGCGGGAAAAGAUGGAACAGGUAUUUCCAAAAAGGAUUUUGAUCUAGCGUUUCCUCCUGCUUGUGCUCCAUCGCUUAUCUAUGUGACAAAUUUAGUUAAAACAUACAAAAACGUACAAAAAUUGAGUCACACCGUUUUGAAGCAAUGGUUGAAGGAGACAGUGCUUUUCUUCUCCAAAACCUACACCAAUAAUGUAUUCAACAUUAUCACUUCUUCAAAUAGUGCUGACUUGUAUGACGGUUUUGUCAAGGGUAGAACGGAGGAAGGACACACAAUAACAUUUUCAUAUCAGAGUGGUAUUGGGAUAGACAACUGUCAAGCAUUUUUAUUGGUGGAAGGAUCACCAGGAACUCCGGGAAAGACCGGAGGGGAGUAUGGUUUGGGCGGGGAAGGUGGUAAGCCCGGAGAAAUAAAUAUUUUGGAGGGUAAUCACCACAUUGCUGCUAAAACUUGCACCAAAACGGGAGCUGAUGGAGAGAAUGGUAGAGGUGGUUUUGCUGGACGUCAUGGCAAAAGAGGAUGGGAUAUGGCGUACAUGGACUAUACACUGGGAAGAGCGUCCGGUUCGUGGCCUAAAUAUUUUGGAACGGAUGAGACAAGUUCACUCAAGCUGGAUUACUAUGAGAACAGUGCAGAUGACAGAGUACGUUGUCCGUACAUGAACGACACAAAAUGGCGAUACGCAGGCAUAACAGUGUCAAGGCUCGAAAACAAACAUACGACAUCGCUGGGGGAAAGAAACAGUAGUAGAUCAAACAACGAACGACAACAUCAUGCUAAAGCCGUGGGAAAGAAAACUAUCUCAGCACAGCGCGUACUGAACGCCUACUCAGAAUUUAUGAACACCGUAGAAGCAGAAAUUAGAGAAGCAAAAGAGAAACAAGCCUAUGAAGAACAACAAGCAGAACAGGCAAAAAGAGCUCAAGCAGACCAACUUGCUGUUGAAAUGCAGAAACUAAAAUUGCAGAACGAUGCUACAGUUGGGAUGGACCAGGAUCAAGGACAACAACUCUUCUCUGAACCUAUAGCGCAAAAGCAAGAGGCGAAUGAAAUGUUACAAGAGUUGAACAACCAGCUCGAAUGCGACGAAGAAGAGAGUGAAUAUGAUUCGGCACAGGAGGAGAUCGAUCAAUCAUUGGGAGACAAUAUACCGUCAAGUGAGUGCAACAACGUAGAAGACGAUUUACAGGAGCUUUCAAUAAAUCGUCACGUGCCAUUCAACCCAGGUAUGGAGCACCGUAAGGUGAAGGUUACAUUGAGUACCUCAGGUAAAGCUAAUGCUGGUGAAAGGACUUUUACAAAAGCUGAUUCCACGGAUCUAGACGAUUGGCUUGAGCUGAACACAUUCGUUAUAGAUUGCGACGGUUUAAAGAAGCUAAUGCACGAUUUCACCAAAGUUAAAGCUAGUUUGAGUGGCCAACGUUCCAAAGAAAACACAACUAAAAUGGAAAUCAUAGACGAAAUCUUUGUAGCCAAAUAUAAGCUAGCUGCCCUACAAGAAAUGACACACAGAUUGGGAUUGAACCAAACAGUCAAACCGCAGAUUACGGUUCAACUGCAAAUAGCAGCGAAACAUCUGACGGAAUCUAAAGCGAAGGACAAUUUGUCGGGACAUACAGUUUUGGGAACGAUGAAACAGUACAUAUUUGAGAACACCCAGCAGCAACGGGACAACCUUGCAGACUAUGUAGAACAAGAAUUGAAGAAUGAUAACAUAUCCUUUCAACGUACAGUAAAGGUUUUCGUUCUGGAAACAGAAUACGAGGAAAUGCUCAACGAAAGCCUAGAAAGUUUGCGCAAAGAACUCCGACAGCCGCAGCACGCGAAUAUACGUCAGUUUUGGGAUGGAUCGGACGAUAGACCGCUAGAAGACGCAGUCCGGAAGAUGUUGGAACGCGAUGAGACAUUGAAGAAACAUUACGAUCGAUGGAAUGGCAUGAAGAGAAAAAUCGCCCAGUAUGAAUUCGCUGACAACCGGUGUGUGGAAGAAGGUGUUAGACAAAAAUUUAUAAAACACAUACGGAGUAAAGGAAUUACCGCAAAAAGUUGCAGGGCAUUGUUAGCCUAUCUGUACAAUGUUAACCUGAAGGUGUACGAGAGGGAUGACGAUUACGAGUUAGUUCUUCGCGAAGAUCAUAAUUCUUCUUCGGACACAAGCAAUCACAUCCUGUCCAGAGGCAACGACUUUGGGCAGCUUCAGGUAAAUGAAGAGUACUUGAAACUAGAGCAGGAUCGUUUACACAGCGAUAGAACUUAUGGGAAAAUUCUUCACGAGAUUGAUACUCUCAAAAGCAUCAAGGAGAUUGACAAUUACUUGCACAAAAACUGUGUGCAAGUUUUGCAAAGUAACUCUGAGAUGAUUGAGAAAUAUCAUUUCGACGAUAGAUCUGCUGCCGAAACGAUAGCAGCUUACUUUCCACUCGAAGAGCGGGAUGAAAUAAGGCCAAUGUUGGAGAAGGUGUCGUUCGAAAUUUGUAAACAGAAAGGCAUUUUGCAACACAUGUUAAGGCGCUUUUCCUGCGAAGGGAAGCACGUAUCUUUCAAUGAGCUUUCCUUCAUCAUAAACACUGUACUGGACCAUUUUGUUAACGAUGGACAAGAGGAGUACUCGUUCACUUGGAUUGUAGCGGCUUACAGCCAACGUUACUGGCUGAACGAAGUUAUACUGCUUCAGCUGGAAACCUACUUCAAGCAACAAUUGAAACACAAGCAACAGUGGCGAGAAUAUAUGCGAAGGAUAGACCAAAAGGAAGUUUUGAUGGAAUUUUCCACCGAACUUCAGUACAGUGUGUGCACUGAGGAGUGCGUUGGUGAGAUUUUGCACCUGUUGAGCAGUGUGUCGAUCGAAUCGAUGGAUUUCGACGGCAUACCGCUCUCAGAGUGGGGAUACUUUCUAAAGGAGCACUAUUGGACGAAUAAGUUGAGCAAUGUGCUAGAAUGGAAGGAUGAUCGAAGCUUGGGAGAUGCUACUUACUACAUCCGUUCUGUAGAGAAUACAUUUGGAGGUUCGAAGGCAAAUGAGUUGCUGGACAAAAUAAAGAGAAAAGGCCAGCAAAUUACAGCGACCAUAUUGCUUGAUAUUCUCUUGAACUUACAUAAACAAAAAUGGAAACUAUCCGACGAGAACAUUCGGGUGCUAGAAUGUGCUAGUAGCUUGCAAGAGUGGAUAGCAUUCAUGGAAGAAAAAUAUAAACCUACUCUAGACGAACUGAAGAUAGAGCAACUGACAGAGAUAAUUGAGAGUGAUGGAAUUUCUUCUACCGAGAUAAUACAGCAUCUGCCAGGAAUACGAACGUCCGUUUACAAUGUCUGGAAUAAAAACGUCAUGUACAAUGAAACGUCCGUAGCAUCAUUUACGGAGUCCGAGAUAAGAUCGUGGGUUAGCGAGUUUCGUAACAAACUGGACCAUUUGCGGAGUUACGGUUUAGAAAUAUACGAGGAAAUGCUCGCAGUCAUUGAUAGAGCCAUAGAGCUCAAGAGAGGUUUUCGACUUCGAGACACCCAGCGACUCACUGUGCUACUCUUGCUCACGAACGAUCGCAGCACACUGGCCCAAGUAUCAACUGGUGAAGGAAAAUCGUUGAUUGUGGUAGCGCUCUCACUAAUAAAGGCACUCCUAAGGGAAAAGGUAGACAUUAUAACAAGUUCACCGGUGCUUGCAAAACGUGACUCGGAAGUGAACAGCGAUAUUUAUGGAUUGUUCGGAAUCGCUGUAUCGCACAACUGUAGCGCUAACAUUGAACAGCGUAAAGAUGCGUACUCGAUGCACCAGGUAGUGUACGGUGAUUUGGCCAACUUUCAGCGCGACUACCUCUUGGACAGGUUCUACGGCAAAAACAUAUUGGGCGAUCGUGAUUUUGCAAAUGUGAUCGUCGAUGAGGUGGACAGUAUGCUGCUGGACAAAGGGAAUAACAUGUUAUACUUGUCUCACGAUAUUCCCGGCAUGGAUAAGCUAGAGUCGGUGUACAUUUUCAUUUGGCAAAUGGUGAACAACUCCAGCGAGCGUCCAGAGGACGUAGAUAUCGAUAUGGUAAAAGAGGAAGUACUAAACGGCAUGUAUAACAGAAUUAAGUUAGACGAUUUGCUGCAGCUGGAUAAAUGCCUGAGCCUACGAAGAGUGAACAUGAUUUGGAACUGUUUAGUAGAUGGCGGAAUAUUGAAUCAAGAAGGGCACGUAGUCUCUGAUACGAUUGAUUCUAAUAGACUGCAGGAAGUACUUUCACCUGAAGUGAAACAGUACAACCAUCGACUCAACUUUCUCCUAAAGGAAUGUGUCGAACGCGAGCUUGCUAUCAAUGUUCCUAACCAUUUGAAAAAGUUUGUGGAAAGACAUCUGACAUCCUGGAUAAUAAGUGCUAUAAAUGCAUUGCUGAUGGAACCUGGACAAUCGUACGUGGUAGACUGCCCCAAGUCAGGUUCAAAGGCAUCUCGUAACCCUGGUAUUAUCAUUCUUGACAAAGAUACCGGAGCGGACCAGGGAAGCUCGCAAUGGGACGAAGCGUUGCAUCAAUUUCUGCAACUCAAGCAUGGUUGCAAGCUAUCGAUGCAAAGCUUAAAGGCGGUUUUCGUGUCCAAUGUUACGUACUUCAAGAUGUACAAACUAUUGUACGGUUUAACAGGUACGCUCGGUUCGCAGCGAGAAAGGAAUUUACUCAAAGAAAUACAUCAGGUAGCUUUUGUUACUAUACCGACUGCCAAGUCGAAACAGUUUGAAGAAUACGAACCCAUCAUUAUUUCGGGACAUAGGAGGUGGCUAGAAAGCAUCCAGAUCGAAGCGAACAAACUCAUCAAUGAAGAGAACAGAUCAGUUCUUAUCAUCUGCGACACAAUCAACGAUGCCGAAUGCAUAGGCAACGCUUUGAAGGAAAUGUUUGCAAACAACAUGCACACCUACACUAGAGACUACCAAGAGUUUGAGGUCGUACAGGGAAGUAAGCAGCUGCCGCAGGGACAGAUCAUCAUUGCAACCAACUUAGCAGGACGUGGUACAGACAUACGAAUUACGGAUCAGCUCAGGAGAACUGGUGGGCUGCACGUGAUGCUAACAUAUCUGCCGGAGAACAUUCGGAUCGAGGAGCAAGCUUUCGGUAGGGCAGCUAGAAGCGGCGAUAAAGGAUCGGGAAGAUUGAUUAUAACGGUUACCAGCCAAAAGCAGCUCAAGAAAUCGAAAAUAAUCGACUUAAAGAAGAAGCGCGAUGAGCAGGAACUGCACCGCAUAUCGGAGAUCAAGGCAUACUAUGAAAAGACGAUUAGGGCCGAGGAGAUUUGCUUCGACGAGUUCAAAAAGGUGUAUGAAGUGCACAGGAAAAGCCUCGAUAAGGCUGAUGCUCCUGCUGAGGUGAAAACCGUUUUACAGCAAACUUGCCUAGAUCAGUGGUCGUUUUGGCUGGAUGAGUAUAGUGACUCGAUGGAGGACAUUAUGAGUGACUGUGACGACAGCGCCAUUCCAACGGUGCUAAAGAAUUUUCUAUCGAAACUGUCUAAAUUCGACACUGGAGUCGAAGGUGAACGCUUUAACAGCAACCGUUGGCAAGAUUGGGUGGCAGGGAAUCCAAUGCGCAUGGUGCAGUUGGCGAACUAUCUAUCGGAGUUUCAUGUCAAGAAAAGUGAGGACUAUCGCAAAAAAAUGGCCAAGCAAGCUGUUAAUGUGGUUCGCAAGGGUACAUUCAACAUUGAGAAAGACGUUACACUGGCCUACGAAACAGCUAUGAGUUUGUAUGGAGAAGUGAUAAAAACUGAACCGCACUUUAGUGAAGCUGCGUAUUACUAUCGUGCCUACACGUUGAUGAAAACUAUCGAGUGGGAAAACGAUACGAAAAGUACAACCAAUCGGCAGCAAUUAAAAGCCUUUAAACGGGAUUUGCGGGAAGCCAUAAGGCUUUUUGAGGGACAUUGUACGUUUGCAAUGCAAGCGGCAGCCACUGUAGACAAACUGAAAAGAAACAGUUUUUGGCAUGAAGACUAUCAGGCACAGAAACAAUGUAUGUGUCAGUUGUAUCAGUCCUUCAUACGGUCAAUAGAGGAUAUUUUUGGCCAUGCCGUUACGUCUGGCACUUUUGUUACUGAGAAUAUAAAAGAACAUCUGUCCGAUCGAAUCUUCACCAAGCUGAUCGAAGAAGGUGCCAUAGCGCGUCCAAAGGUUCGAAAAACCAUAUCGGAUCGACAGUUGUACAGCAUUCAUAAAGACUAUGGCAUUCCGAUUGAGGCUUUGAGAAGGUUCCUGACAGCACACGCAGGACCGAUCGAUGUAGAUACAUUCCUGGAAGAGUUCAGAAGAUCAUUCCCCCUCCCGAGCAGAGAACAGUUUUGGGAAAUUCUGAUCGACCAGAAGGUACUACAUAGUGUUAAAAAGUAUGUUCUAGUCGAUACCGUCAAGCUGGAGGUAAUCGAUCCCUCGCUGACGGAUGCCUUAAAUGCAAAGGUGCGCAACAAAACGUUGGUCAAAGAGUCUAUCGAGCGUGAUAAAGAUCAGAUUGUUUUGUACCACGAAUUAUUACAGAUAUACGACACCGAAAAUGGCGAUCCGCAAGCAAACAGCAAUAUGGUAGACAUAUUUGAGCAAGAUAAUUUUAUCACCUUGAUCGGUAGGGAAAAGUUUGUGAUGCUGACAAGGAAGGGUAUAGUUAGAUGCAAUGAAAAGGCAAAUAUAGACAAACGCAUGAUGGCGGCGUGCAAGUUCUCGUCAUUCGAUUCCAUAUCGGCUGAGGACAUUGCCUUUAAAGCAAACAUAGUAAUCGGUGAGGCGCGGUUAAUAAUAGAGGAAUUGGUUAGCCGAAAGAUCCUUGCACGAAAUGGGGAUUCCUAUGUAAUGACCGACGAAGUAAGAAGCUCGGAAGAUGAUCUAGUACCAACGUAUCCCGUGUACGAAAGCUCGAUUGAAGCUAUACUUUCGCACUGCCUUUCCUAUCGAUCAGCUCUUAGUAAUAUAAAAAAACAACUUGAAAACAAUGACCAACCACUGCGCAUACCACUGCAGUGCAAUCCCUAUCCAGAGCUAUUCCAGAAUUUGUUACAGCAAAACAUUAUCAAUCCAAUAAUAGUGAAAGAUGCCAAUUUGAAGGACACACUAGAUAGAGCCUUCCAAGUAAAACUGUAUGUAAAUUCGAAUGGUAUCAUCUAUCGGCAAGAGAUGGUGCCAUUGUUUUCCAAAUCAUUGUACAUAUCAACAGCUGAUUCUGAGCGACUUUACGACCAUUUCGUCGCGGAUAUCUUCGCUAAUAUACGGAAAGCAAUAGAAAGGGCUGUGACCAUCUUUAAUCCAUUUCUAUUCGUAACGAUUGACGAAAAACCUAAAUCAGACACCAAAAUAAAGUUUGAGCCGCUAAAUCAAGCGGCUGAACGGUUACGAUACGAUAUGGGGAAAACUGUAGAGGUGUUUCUUGCGCAACAAAAACAGUUUUAUAAAACAGAAACUAGAAGCCAUGUUGAGAAUACUCUCAAGCAGAUGAAACCUGCACUAGUAGGCCUGAAGGUUCCCAACAUACAAUUAAAAUCAAUCCAGGAAGUGACCAAAUACGUAGAAACUAACUUUGGAAACUUUGAAGAGGAACAGUUAUUCUAUCUGAAUGGUUUGCCACGACUGUUGCACCUGGUGGAGAAGCAGUGGUCUGAGCAAAUGAAUACCAAUUUAAAGUUGGUCUGCGGAAUUGCAUUAGCGCAAUUUGCUGCAGCAGCAAUCAUAGAGAUAGCGUCUGCAGGCUUGAUGACUCACGUCGCUUCGGGACUGAUGAGUGAAGGCAUCAGUGACUUAAUGUAUGCGGUAAGUAGCUACCGGUCAGGAUAUUUCAGUUGGGAGGAUUAUAGAUCAGAGAAGUGGAAAAGUGUACUGCUAACAGCUGUUACUGCCGGUGUCGGAGCGUACUUUUCCCGCGGUACAAAGGUAUCACGGAUUGCGAAUAAAGUCAGUGGUCCCGGUCUAAUGAAAGAUGGGAAGGAAAUCGCGACGAUGACAGGAUGGGGAAUGAUUAAAGAAAUCGGAGGUACAAGAGUGUUUAGUGAGACGGUAAAACGGAUCGUAAUGAAAACCGCACAAGGUUUUGCACAAGGAUUGGCAAAUGUAAUAGUCGACAAGUUUACCGAAGAUUAUUUGCAAUCGUUGAUCGAAACCAUCGCUGCGGAUAUGCUUGCUCAAACAGUGCGUAAGGUGGACGAUCAUAAAAUCGCCGACAGUCUGAAGAAGAUUUAUGAUGAGUUAGGGGAGGAACAAACGAGAAAUCUUGUACAUCAACUGCCUGCCUUCGGAAGUAAUGAGCGGGACACGUGCAUAUCGUAUACCAAGCAAAUCACAACCAGCUUGUCACAGGGUUUCGCGAGCGCAAUGCAGAAAAACCAGAGCGGUAACAGAACGAUGAAAAUAUUGAGCAACAUUAGUACGGUGUGGGUUUGGACCGAACGGGCAAUCGAGAUAGGCAAGCUGACAGCAGUGAUAGGAACAUUUCUCGAUAAUUUAGAUAGCCAAAUGAACAAGAAGUUCAACGCCAUGGCCAACAGUUCAUCGGUAGCAGAGAAUGCCCAACCAAACGAGGGUAGCAAUUUCGAAAAGUUUAAGGCUGAAAUUGUAAACGAAUGGAAAAUGCAACUGACAGAGCAUGUUGGACGAAUUAUUGCACAGCAUAUAGUCAAACCAUUAUUAACCGAUGCACUAAACCGGGUGGGCAAAUACAUCAAGCGGAUCCCGCGUAACAUCAAACAGCGAAUGUUGAGGCGUAGAAUGCAAAGAUUGCAGAAGAAACAUGACGAGAAAAUGAGGAACAGAAGCCUUACGGACGAAGCAAAAGCAAACCUGAAGGCAGAACAUCAAGCCAAAUUGCUGAAGAUAAUGUACAAGACGAAGAGUCCGUCUCUGUUUGCGGACAUUAUAUUGGAGAAUGUACCGAUGGAUCUGACAUGUGCAGCGGCAUGUACGCCGCUGGUACACGCGUUACUGGCGAAAAUGGGGAAACCUGUGGCAGGUAUAACAGUCACCAUAAUGGGAGAAAACGGUAUACAGCAAACCUUCUGCACAGGGUCGCUCGACGGAGGAGAAGAAAGGAAGGUGGUCCUGCAGUUAAAGGACAAUCAUUUUACAUUUUCCGACAGUCAGCUGAAUGCUUCGAACAACAAUUGUUUUUAUGCAGCAUUAAGCGAAGCUAUACCGGAGCUGAAGAAUAUAGGUGCAGACGAAUUCAGAAAACAAAUAGCAGACACCAUUCGGCAUGAUUCGGACGUGCAACAUCGAAUUCGACAAGGUUGGCAUCGGUAUCCGAUAAAACAAUGCAAUGCAGUCGGAGGCAGAGCGUUGCCGCCAAAGCAAAAGACUAAACGCGUGAAGCAAACGCCUCAGCCGAACGUUAAAGUUGUUGUACCUAGAGCAAGUGAGGCGGAGCAUUUAAAACCUUUAGCAGCUGAAUUUCUCUCGCCACCGGUAUUCUGCCCCGAGGCUAAAAGUGCUGCUUUGCAUCUGUACUCUCGUUUAACCAUUUAUGAGUUUGAGUUUGCAGGAGUAAUACAGGCAAUAGUUGCCAAAACUGGAGUCCCAUUUGAGAAAUUGAUGGAAGAAGGAGCUAGUAACUGUACGGAUAAUCUGGGGAUAGUGAAAGGAGGUAAAAUUCAUCGAGCUCAUACCAUCAGAGUGAAAAUUAAUGAAGAUGCACUGAAAGAUCAUCCGCAUGAGCUGGCCAUACUAAAAAAGUACGCUGGACAUCGAGAGUAUGUCUGUAAGGAGGCGAACCAGUAUGAUAAAAUUGGCGGGAUUAUUGAUAAGAGCCAAAUGAACCGGUUAAAGAAACUUGUAAAAAAUCAUGAUUUUAGUAAAAAACCUACGGCCGAGGACAAAGAAAUCAUGCAAAAACACUUGACGGACACGGCGAAGUUGAUGGAUCAUCAUAAAUCAGAAAUAAAAAAUGAAAGUCCAAAGGAUGAUAGUGCGACGAAACAGCAAAUCAAAUCAAAAAUCAAAAAUGAAAGUCAAAGUCCAAAGGAUGAUAGUGCGACGAAACAGCAAACCAAAUCAAAAAUCAAAAAUGAAAGUCCAAAGGAUGAUAGUGCGACGAAACAGCAAAUCAAAUCAAAAAUCAAAAAUGAAAGUCAAAGUCCAAAGGAUGAUAGUGCGACGAAACACCAAAUCAAAGCAAAAAUCAAAAAUAAAAGUCCAAAGUAUGAUAGUGCGAUGAAACAGCAAAUGGAAGUGGCAAAGGGUAAAAUAUUAACGAUAGAUGUUGAUAAGCUUUACGAAUACGGUCAAUUCGGGCGUAAAGCGGUAUGAACGUUUAUCAAUAUUCUUCAAGCUAGAGUCGAACGAUUCGGACGGGCAACAAUGCAUUGGCCUAGUUUGACAUCAGAUUCCGAUAAAAAAAAAACAUAAACGGAAAAUUUUCGGCUAAAGUUUGAAUAGAUGCCCCCCCCCCCCCCCCACUCACGGACACUCAUUUUUGCAACUGAGUUACCCAAAAGGGUAUAUUUUUCAGACUUUUUAGUUUAACUAUUUAUUUAAUUAUUAUUUAUUUAUUAUUU